GUGGAGGAUGUAGUGUGGGGGGUGGAAGCAGAGAGAGGAACGAUCGAUAGAGUGAGAGUAGAAGGAGGAAAGAUGAAUACAGACAUCACAGCGUCGACGAAGCCAGAGUACCCUGUCAUUGAUCGAAACCCUCCUUUCACCAAAGUGGUUGGCAACUUCAACACCCUCGAUUAUCUCCGAUUCGUCACUAUAACCGGCGUUUCCGUCACCGUCGGCUAUCUUUCCGGGAUUAAGCCUGGAAUUAGGGGUCCAUCGAUGGUGACUGGGGGUUUGAUUGGAGUGAUGGGUGGCUUCAUGUAUGCGUACCAGAACUCGGCUGGUAGACUUAUGGGUUUCUUCCCCAACGACGAUGAGGUAGCUCGCUUCAACAAAAAAUAACCCUUUUUCGGAUCUCAUUCAAAAACCCUCUUUUGUACCCGUUUGAUUGCAAUAAUCACUUUUUCUUAAGCUAUUUAUUACCAGUUGAAUUUUAAGCUUUUAUUUGUAAUGAAUUUACUUCGUUCUCUUUAUAGAGGAAUGAUAAACCUUGCUACUUUGGGGCUCUGGGGCUUUCAUAUUUUGGUUUAUGUUGAAGUAAGGGGGGCAAUGUAGCAUUUCGUGGGUCAAUUUGGUAUGCAAGUUUGUGGAUUUUGGUGUUUUGUUUUAUAAGCUUCAUUGUCAAGAUAGAACAAGAUAAACUUUAGGGCUACAAUGUAGUGUUGAAUUGAAUUUUU